UUAAUCAAAUAAAUCAUCUGCUUGAAGCAAUACUUAGGUGGUGUUUGGAUGUGUCUAAACUGAAUACUUAAAGUUGCAUGUUGGAGUGUUUGGCAAAUAUUAAUAAUAAUUUUGAUUGGUGGUUAGCUAUAGUCAAAACAAUAAUCAUAUUUGGAUGAUUAACCAAUUAAAUAAUAGGUGAAGGGAAACUGAUUAUCAAGGUAAAUAUGAUAUUACCAAACUAUACAUAUUUCCUAAAAUUAAGGACUUCUUAUUACUCCACAAUUUUUUUUCAAGGCACACACGAGUACAUGUGCUGAUACGAACCAUGGAGGUACUAAAGAGUUAAUUGUGUAUUCAAGGAGGGGUAAAGUGCAAAGUGGCUAGUGGUCCCAAAGUAGUAUUAAUAGGGAAGGGAAUAGAGCAGUAAGUUAGUUAUGCAAUUUGUUAGAAAUUAAAGGCUCUUGCAUCAUGCAAUGAGAGAGGGUGUAACCCUGGAUUGUCACUAGUUUAUUUCUAUCUUUUUCUCUGUAAUCUCUUACAUAUUCAAUCAAAACAUUCCCUUCCCUUUAUCAUCUUUCUCUUACAAUCAUCAUAUUAUCAUUCCUUUUCUGUAUUUGUUUACAAUUACAAUUGAACUCUGUUUUCUAUUGAUCCGAAUACCCAUCAUUGGUCCGACCUGUCGUUGACCUGCCGCUUGCUUUUAUUGGUUUCGUCAUGGAAACUCGCACGAAUACGCGUCUCGAUACUCAAGAUGCUCAGAUCAAACAACUCCAAACCGUAACAAAUCAGCUCCAAUCCGAUGUUGCUGAGAUCCGUAAUUCGUUUAAAUCCUUCAAGGCAGAACGCAGUGAGUCUAGCGAGUUUCGGAAAGUUGUUAUGUCAUGGAUGGCUAAGCAGGAGAAGAAAGCGGAUUCGUUGGAUUCCGGCGACAGUGCCGUCUUCACCGGUUUCGGAACACCACUAGGACCCUCUAACACCUCUGAUUCUCCUCUUCUUGGGCCGUUAAGAAGGUAAAACUUCCUGAAUUCUCUGGUUUUGAUCCACAAGGUUGGAUCCAAAAAGCAAAUUUGUAUUUCGAUUUAAAUCGGACUUCGGAUGAUGCUCGUUUACAAUUGGCUCGAUUGAGCAUGGUUAGCGUUGCACAACACUGGUUUACCAUUAUCAUCCAAGUGCACCCAACCAUCUCUUGGCAUGAUUUUCAAUCUGAAUUGCUUCAACGGUUUAGUGGAUUAGAAAUCCAGAAUCCGUAUGAGCAGUUGGCUACAAUCAAACAGGGAGACUCCAUUUAUGAUUACAUUGAUAAUUUUAAAUACCUUCUUUCUUUGGUUCCUCGUUUACCAGAAUCACAAUCAGUUGGUUAUUUUGUUGUGGCUGGAUUGAAGGACGAUGUGAAGAAAUGGGUUCGUCUUCAUCGUCCACAAUCACGGUUAGAUGCUAUGUAUCUGGCAAAGGAUGUGGAAUUAAUGCUCCGACCGAAUUCGGGCCAGGCCGCGUUGGGCCGUUUUUGUUAUCUUAACCCUAUCGGGCCUCCGAUAGGUGGGCUUAAGGACGGGUCCUCAACGAUGGGCCGUGCGGAGUCCAGAUCAAUGUUUCCUUUUAGACCCGGCGACAAAUCUGGGGUUCCCAAAUUGGAUUCACCUCGUGCAACGGCAAACCCUAAAUCCUCAUUCUCAGUGAUUGACCUCGGCCAGAGUUCUCCCCGUGAUAGGGGAGUGCGUUCUUUGUCCAGAACCGAGUGGGAGGACCGACGGAAGAAGGGUCUUUGUUUUCGUUGUGGCCAGCAAUAUGGGCCUACUCAUCGUAGUCCUGAAGCGAAGUUAUGUGUUCUGUUAUUGGGAGAAGAUGAAGAGGAUUUUCCUCUUGGCGAUCAAUGUGUCUUACGGCCCGAUUCUCCUCCACCACAAAUGAUUGAUUUGGAUGUUGCGACGGGUACUUGUAAUGCGUUGGAGUUUGCGGGUACGAUAGCUGAAGGUUCUUCUACCACUAUGAAAUUAGAGGGUACUUUGAUGGAUUUGAUGAUUUCAAUGUUUGUGGAUAGUGGAGCACUGGAGCUUCUCAUAAUUUCAUCUCACGGCGGUUGGUAACAUCUUUGGGUUUAUCUUCUUCCAAAUUCAGCGGUAUUAAAAUCAAAUUGGGUGAUGGUCACUUUGUAUUUGUGCAUGAACGAUUAUUGGUCUUCAGGUUCGUAUUGGUCCUUGCUUAUUUAACGUGGAUGCCUUAGUCUUUGAUACGGGCUCUCUUGAUUUUAUUUUGGGAUUAGAAUGGUUGAAGUCUUUGGGAGAAGUUGUCCAUGACUGGCAACAUUCCUGGAUGCGUUUUGAUCAUCAGGGAAUGUAAGUCACUUUACAGGGAGUUCAAACAGGUCAAUCCUCUUUAUCUGCUUUACAUCAUUGGUUAUCCAUGGACGGAACCCUAAUUCCCUCUUCCAUGACCUCUCCUUUCCCUCCAAUCUCGCCCUUGUUAACAUCCCGCCAACAAUCCAGCUUAUCUUUCUUACUAAACCAAUUUGCAGAUAUCUUUAAAUCACCUUCGUCUCUGCCUCCUAUUCGCUCUCAUGACCACACUAUCCAAUUAUCCAGCACUACUCCCAUUUGUGUUCGCCCUUACCGUUAUCCGCACAUUCAAAAAGCCGAAAUUGAAUGCCAAGUUCAAGAGUUACUGCAGAUGGGAAUGAUCCGGCCUAGUAAAAGUGCCUUUUCCAGUCCCGUUAUUUUGGUUCGCAAAAAGGACAAUUCGUGGCGUAUGUUUGUUGAUUAUCGCGCAUUAAACAAUGUUACGAUUCCAAAUAAGUAUCCUAUUCCAGUGGUUGAUGAGUUACUUGACGAAUUACAUGGUUCAACCUUCUUUUCUAAACUGGACCUCAAAUCCGGGUAUAACCAGAUUCGUAUGUCUCCUGAUAGCAUUGACAAGACCGCUUUCCGUACUCAUGAUGGCCAUUAUGAGUACCUAGUCAUGCCCUUCAGCCUGAUGAAUGCACCGGCAACGUUUCAAGUCGUGAUGAAUGAUAUUUUCCGUCCACUUUUACGCAACAAAGUAGUCAUUUUCUUUGAUGACAUUCUUAUUCACAGCCCUUCAUGGGAAGCACAUCUAACCGACUUAGACGAAGUUUUUCACAUUUUACUUUCUCAUCACUUUAAAGCUAAUCCUACCAAGUGUAGUUUGGGUCAACGUUCAACUGAUUAUUUGGGGCACGUCAUUGAUGGUCAAGGAGUUUCUAUGGAUCCCGCAAAAGUAUCGGUCGUUGCGGAAUGGCCAACUCCUACAACAUUGAAAGCUCUUCGCGGGUUUUGGGAUUGACAGGAUAUUACCGGAAAUUUGUAAAAAACUACGGUGGUAGUAUUGCUCGUCCUUUAACAAAUCUCACCAAAAAAGAUGCUUUUCUUUGGUCACCAGAGGCUCAGGUAGCUUUUGACCAUCUUAAACAGGCCUUAAUUUCUGCUCCAGUUCUGUCUUUACCCGAUUUUUCGAUUCCCUUUGUGGUGGAGUGUGAUGCUUCGGGAUGUGGUAUUGGUGCUGUUAUGCAACACAAUAAACCUAUUGCUUAUUUCAGUAAGGCAUUGAGCGAUAGGAACCUGACUAAAUCAGCUUACGAGCGGGAAUUAAUGGCUUUGGUAUUGGCGGUCCAACAUUGGCGACCUUAUUUGCUGGGUUCUAAGUUUACUGUGUGUACAGACCAAAAAAGCCUCAAAUUUUUGUUACAGCAGCAGCGGGUACAGACCAAAGGCUCAUGGUGCUGUACUUAUAGAGGAGGCCACCCAAGAUCCUGAGCUUCAAUCGUUACGGGCUAAAUUGGAGGCCACACCAGCAAAAUUUCCUGGUUAUUCGCUCAAACAUAAUACUCUGUUUUACCAAGAUCGUUUGGUUAUCUCUUGCCAUUCUAAGUUUAUCCCUGCUUUAUUACACGAGUUCCAUGUCACCGGCUCACCGCUACAGGUGGUCAUUCGGGGUUUUACAGAACUUAUCGCCGUUUAGCAGCUAACAUUUAUUGGACAGGGAUGACUACUACGGUUAAACAAUAUAUCCGCUAGUGUGAUAUUUGUCAGCGGUGCAAAGCUAGCUCGGUUUUACCCGGGGGCCUUUUACAACCGUUAGCCAUUCCGGAAGCGAUUUGGGAGGACUUGUCUAUGGAUUUCAUAGUUGGUUUGCCCUCUUCCAAAGGGUUUACAGUGGUUCUUGUCAUCGUGGACCGUCUCUCGAAAUAUGCCCAUUUUAUUCUUCUCACAGGGGCGGACCUACCCUUUGGCCAGGGUGGGCGGCCGCACCCCUUGAAAAAGAAAAUUUAGUGUAUAUUUUAGGAAAAAAACCCGACCGCACCCCUUGAAAAUAUGGUUGAACAUCUCAUCCGCACCCCCAACAUAUAAUUUCUGAGUCCGCCACUGUCUUCUCAAACAUCCUUACACCGCUAAGUCUGUGGCUGAGGUUUUUGUUAAAGAGGUUAUUCGUCAUCAUGGGGUUCCCAAAUCAAUUUUUAGUGACAGAGAUCCCUUAUUUAUAAGCAAGUAUUGGCAAGAAAUUUUCCGUUCCGUGGACACUAAACUCAACAUGAGUUCGGCAUAUCACCCGGAGUCUGACGGUCAAACUGAAGUCAUUAAUCGUUGUUUGGAAUCUUAUUUACGUUGUUUCGCGGUCGAUCAACCUAAGACCUGGUCUGUUUGGCUACCAUGGGCUGAGUUCUAGUAUAACUCAACUUUUCAUGCCUUUACGGGUGUAUCCCCUUUUGAAACGGUUUAUGGCAGACGACCUCCUUCGGUGUUUCAAUUUAUCCCAGGCGAGAUUCGGGUGGAUUCUGUUGCUAAAGAGUUACAGGACCAUGAUGAGGCUCUAAAACAACUCAAAGUUCACUUAUCUAAUUCUCAAAGUGCAAUGAAAUUACAAGCUGAUAAGAAGCGACGAGAUGUCCACUUUGAGGUGGGGGAAUGGGUGUAUGUUAAAUUGAAACCUUACCGUUAAUUGUCCGUGACUAAGCAGAAUUCAUCAAAAGCUAGAAGCUAAGUUUUUUGGGCCAUUUCAAAUUUUAGAGAAGAUUGGGCCAGUGGCUUACAAACUUCUACUUCCUGCCACAUCUAAAAUAGACCCAGUUUUCCAUGUUUCUUUAUUGAAGAAAGCUAUGUCUGGCUCGAGUGAGACGGUGUUACCUCCGGAACUGGAUAUGGCAGAAUCUCCUCACCCUUUACCUAACGGUUUUGGCUACGAGGGUGGUACGGGAUGGUUUAGACUCGGUGGAACAAUGGUUGGUACAUUGGAUUGGUCAAUCAGCAGAUGAGGCUUCGUGGGAAGAUGCCGACUGGAUCAAGUUGCAGUUUCCUGAUUUCAGUCUUGGGGACAAGACUGCACUUGAAGGGGAGGGCAGUGAUACGAACCAUGGAGGUACUAAAGAGUUAAUUGUGUAUUCAAGGAGGGGUAAAGUGCAAAGUGGCUAGUGGUCCCAAAGUAGUAUUAAUAGGGAAGGGAAUAGAGCAGUAAGUUAGUUAUGCAAUUUGUUAGAAAUUAAAGGCUCUUGCAUCAUGCAAUGAGAGAGGGUGUAACCCUGGAUUGUCACUAGUUUAUUUCUAUCUUUUUCUCUGUAAUCUCUUACAUAUUCAAUCAAAACAUUCCCUUCCCUUUAUCAUCUUUCUCUUACAAUCAUCAUAUUAUCAUUCCUUUUCUGUAUUUGUUUACAAUUACAAUUGAACUCUGUUUUCUAUUGAUCCGAAUACCCAUUAUGUGCACACCGUCAUAUGUAGCUUGUACGUCUCCCCUUGCGUAUUUGUCAAUAGUGCCGGUAGCGCCCGCUAUAGCAAAUAGUGUAGCGUGUAGGUGAAGGGUAGCUACAGACCCUGCAGUGAUAAAUAGCGGGGGAUUUUUUAUUUUAAUUUUCUUUUAUUUAGAUGAUGAUUGAUAGCGUAUUUUAGCUAUUUUUGUGUAUAUUUAUCACUUUUAUACAUAAUUAGUGUAUUAAAUAUAGAAUUUAUUUUUCUACCCCUUUAUCGCCAUGUAGCAUAUAGGUAACCUGUCGUUAUGAUCCGUUAUUCGCUAUUGACAACUAUGCGCCCUUGUCCUAAAUUGGAAAAAUAGACGGUCAUGUGGGUUGUGUAACGGGUCAAAACAGUUACAACGCAACUUUUUAUCAUCUGUAGGGCCGGGUUGACCCACGACCAAUUCUUGUCCUUUUUCUCAGCCGAUAUUAUUGCACAUAUUUUAGGGAUAUAUAUUUAUCUAUAUUAUUGAAGAUUGUAAUUCCUAAAUUAGAGGUAGGGUUUAUCAUGUUCUAUUCCCUAUAUUAAGGGACAUACGUUUUAUGUGUCGAUUCAUUCAGAUUAUCAAUACCAUAAACACUUUCAUGGUAUCAGAGCCAUGGUUCUAAAAACCUAUUUUUUUCUUUCUCCUCUCCUGCCACGGUUUUGGUCCAGUCUGGAACCCGCAGCCUACCUUUUUCUGGUUUGAAAACCUAUCUUUUUCUUUCUCCUUUCCUGCCACGGUUCUCCUCUCCUCAUGACAACCAUGACAAAACCCGAUGACGGCCCUAGCAACACAGAAAAACGAACCCUACCACCCUACAUCCUGCAUACUCUGUCACCAAUAUUCAGUCUAAAAUCAGAAUCCUCGAUGGUACUAAAGUAACAUACUCCUCUUGGGUCAAGCUAUUCAAAUUCCAUGCCAUCGCUUAUAAAGUGUUGGACCACCUUGACGACACCAAGAUUCAAAAGAGCCGUCGUAUAACACAUGGAAGGAGAUUGAUGCUCUAGUUUCACGAUGGAUCUACAACACUAUUUCAGACGACUUACUGACCCGGGUUUUGGACACGGAAGCUUCAGCCAAGGAUACAUGGAUUAAACUGCAGAAAAUCUUUCUCAGCAACAAACAGGCCACGGCUGCUGCACUCGAGACACAGUUCGUUAACUUAACUCUUGCCUCUUGCACUUCUGUUGAUGACUAUUGUCAGCAAUUAAAGGAGUUAGCAAACCAAUUAAAGGAGUUAGCAAACCAACUGGCUGAUGUUGACCAACCUGUGUCUGACAAACGCCUCGUACUACAACUUGUACGGGGUUUAUCAGCCAAGUUUGACACCACGGCUCAGUUGAUUCACUCACAACAAGCAGAUUGGGAUAUUGCUCGGACUAUGUUGCAUGAUGAAGUCAUCCGAUUGGAAGCUAGGCAGCAAUGUUCCUAUUCUGUCCUUGUAACCGGCUCCACUAAUACCAAUACGCCACCUUCCGCACCAACAAACAAGCACACCGAACCCAACCCAAACAACCCAGCCGAUUCACAGGUUUACAGAGGAUGGGGACGCGGUCGGGUCGGGGUAGACGCAGACGGGGGUACAACAAUCAGCCCACUAACAGCUCGUGGGCCUUCCAGAACCAACAGUUCCCUCAGUGGGCCUGGUGGUCCACACCACCUUGCCCCUACCCAACUCAGACUACCUGGAGGCCCAAUUUAAACCCAAUACCAGUAAACCAGCCACAAAACCCAACUCCCACAGCCCACUUUGCUGGGUAUCCGACCCCAAACCCUCACGGUUUCGAUGCAUUAAAUUCAUCUGACUUAAGUGCAGCCUUCGAUACUAUGCAGCUAAACUACACCGAUCCAAACUUAGUCAUGGACACCGGAGCGGAGAGUCACGUCACCGAAAAUCGAGGACCUCAAAACGGGACGCUUGCUUUCCCGCCACAAUAGCACGGGAAAUUUAUAUCCGGUCACACCGCUAGUUCUCCCGCCACAAGCUUGUUUCAUUGUAGCUUCAGCUUUACCUUGGCAUGAUUGUCUUGGCCACCCGGGCAGUCAUGUUUUAGACAUUCUUACUAAACAUUUUGGUUUUUCAUGUAAUCACAAUAAGAAUUCUUAUUUUUGUCAUUCUUGUCAUUUGUCGAACAGUAAAAGAUUACCAUUUUUUAUGAAUCUACUUCUUUUACUUUUGCACCCAUUAACAUUAUUCACUGUGAUUUAUGGACCUCACCAAUAACUAGUAAAACCAGAUAUAAAUAUUACAUGGUGUUAAUUGACAAUUUUCCCACUUUGUUUGGGUCUACCCACUAAAAUAAAAAUCCGAAACUUUUCCCACUUUUGCUAAAUUCCAUCGCCUUAUUGCUACACAAUUUAACAGAAACAUCAAAACUUUUCAAUGUGAUAUGGCGGGGAAUUUGACAAUCAUGCUUUUAAACAAUUUGCUCAACAACAUGGUUUCUUGUUUCGUUUCUCGUGCCCACAGACCUCCUCCCAAAACGGCAGGGCCGAAAGAAUGAUUCGUCGACUUAAUGACAUCAUCCGUUCUUUACUUAUUCAUGCCCAUCUCCCGCCGAUGUUUUGGGUGGAAGCUCUUCACACCGCAGUCUACCUACACAACAUCUUACCCACAAAGCGAUUAAAUUUCUUCACCCCAACCUUUGCCUUGUACCUUCCCCAUCCAACAUACAAUCAUCUUCGUGUAUUUGGGGGUGCAUGUUACCCGAACACAUCCGCCACUCAACCGCACAAACUUCACUCGAGAUCCAUUCGUUGUAUCUUUCUCGGUUACCCUCCGGACUUUCGCGGGUACCAGCGCCUUGAUCCGACAACCGGGAAAGUACUCAUAUCUCGUCAUGUCAAUUUUGACGAGCAUACCUUCCCUUAUACCAUAUACACCACCCUCGUCGUAUACCUUUUUGGACAACCCUCCUCCCGGCUUUACCUUUCCCCGACCAGUGACUACACCACCUACCACCCACCGUCUACCUAACACACCGUCACCCUUCCUGUUUCAUUACACCCGCCGCCCUAAACCAUCUUCACAAUCGACCACAACAGCCCAGCCCCACACAGUUGUUCCGCCUGCCACCCAUGCCCAGCCACCACCUGCUCCCGCUGUCGCCCCACAACAGCCCGCACCACUGCCAAAUACCCACCCCAUGACCACCAGAUCCAAAACCAAACAUGCUCUCCUUUCCACUACCAUCUCCCCGGUGCCUACAUCUUACACUAAUGCAUUCGCUGACCCUCAUUGGUUAAAGGCCAUGCAGACCGAGUUUAGUGCUUUGUAGGAUAAUGAGACUUGGGAGCUUGUACCUAGACCGGUUGACCGACCUGUGAUACGUUACAUGUGGCUUUUCCGCUAUAAGUUUAAAUCCGAUGGUUCAUUGGAAAGAUAUAAGGCUCGCCUGGUCAUUAAUUGGAAAUCCCAGACUGUGGGAAUUGAUUGUGAGGAUACUUUCAGUCCGGUGGUUAAACCAACCACCACACGGACUGUUUUAUGCAUUGCGGUCUCGCGUUCUUGGCCUAUCCAUCAGUUGGACGUCAAGAACGCUUUCUUAUAUGGACAUUUAAAUGAAAGUGUUUUUAUGCAUCAACCUCCGGGUUUUGUGGAUAGACGUUUUCCUAACCAUGUUUGCAGGUUGAAGAAGUCUUUGUACGGUUUGAAACAGGCUCCUAGGGCGUGGUAUAAUUCGUUGUUUAUAUACAUACGACUUACUUAUUGCUUUAUGUGGACGACAUAGUGCUCACUUCCUCAUCCGAUACUCUCCGAUACUCUGAUAUUAUCGCAACUCUCUCUAGGGAGUUUGCUAUGACUGAUUUGGGCUCACUACAUCACUUCUUGGGAAUCAAAGUUACUCGUUAUGCGAAUGGUAUAUUGAUAGAUUCUAGAGAACAAAAACAGGCAACAGUAUUUGAAUUGAAAUGAUAGCCCCAAUUCGAGAAGGGGAAGUCUCCAAUACAAACUGAGUUUGCUGAUUAAAAUCAAACUACGUGAAAAGGAUAUCUGUUAUUAUGUCUCCAAUAUAGAGAAAACAAAGCCCUAUAUAUAGAGUUGCUAAUUACAAUUAGAUACCCUCUACAAUAAUAAGUUUGUCUAAUAUAAUAAGAACAUAGUCUAACAUUCCCCCGCAAGUUGAGGGCGGGGAACGACUUGCAACUUGGACCGUAGAAACUCAAGUCUUUGUGAUGACAAGGGCUUUGUAAAGAUAUCAGCGAUUUGGUCAUCAGUUGAGAUGAAUUUGAUAUCUAGCUCUCCUUGAGUAACUUGUUCACGAACAAAAUGAUAAUCAACUUCAACGUGCUUCGUACGGGCAUGAAAAACCGGAUUGGCAGAAAGGUAGGUUGCACCAAGAUUGUCACACCAGAGUGUGGGUGCCUUGCUAUCCAAACCGAGUUCACGAAGGAGAGACUUUAACCAAAUCAGUUCUGCAACAGUAUCAGCUAUUGCCUUGUAUUCGGAUUCUGUUGAAGAUCGAGAGACAGUUCGUUGUUUUUUUGCAGACCAAGAGAUGAGAUUGGAUCCCAAGUAGAUAGCAUAUCCCCCCGUGGAUCGACGAUCGAUUGGGCAACCAGCCCAGUCAGAAUCCGAAAAAGCAGUAAG